AUGCUUCUCCUAGUUUUCUUCGGCCAAUUUCGAGUUUUGCCAUAUUCUAGUGGUCUGGCUAUUCUUCCAUUAGGACCUUGUCGAAGUUUUGGAUCAAAUAUUUGUUUCAUCGCUUAUCAACUUUAUAAUGGUGCAUCAAUGGCAGUUGGAAUUGGCAUAUCUAAUACAAUUUUGUUUCGAUAUUUGUUACUUUCUAGUUCAAUAACAUCCCGUGGGGUAUUUUUCAUGAUUUCGAUUUCGUAUGUUCUCCCAAUUGCAGUUGUUGUAAGUUUCAAAAUUUGAAUAAUUAUAAGUUGAAUUAUUGUUAAUUUGAAUGUUACAUUGAUCUUAUUUUCAAAGGUUGUGUCAAUUUUUUGUUAUACUAAACUUUAAAGAUCUACAACAUUUUGAGAUGUUUUAAAACUGUCUGAUUUUUUCUUAUGAUUUUUCCCAAAACCCCAAAACAUUUUUGUUUUCAGAUUUUACCAUUCACAACAAAAUGGGAUUUUCAAUCAGUACAAAUUUCUACAAAAAUUGAACAUACUUUUUACAAUCUUUCGAUUUACGAACCAUUUCCUGGAUUUGUUGAUGUUUCAAAUUUCCAGUUUAUUCUUGCAACAACUCUUCUUGGAAUCGGAGUCUAUGGUUGUCCAUUGGCUAGUUUUGUUUUAACUCAAAGAACAUUGCAAAAAAUUCGUCGCCUAGAAAAUAUAUCGCAAAAUACUCGAAGACAGUUCCAAAUUCUGAUACAUGGUUUGAGUGUUCAAACAUUGCUCCCAAUUCUGGCUUACAUCCCAGUUUUCACAUGCUAUAUGAUCACACAGAAUUUUGGGGUUGAAAUUUUGCUAUCUGAACAUCUAAUAGUCGGUGCAGCUUCAACUCCAGCUCUUUUUGAUCCAUUUAUUUCUUUCUAUUUCAUUAUUCCAUAUCGGAAUGCAAUCAUCAAAAUAUUCCAAACUAAAAGUAAAAUAAUCUCCAUAAAAUCGACAAAUUAGGAUUUCUUGUUGAUGUAAAUCUGAUAAUCUGUAAUUAUAUAUUCUUUCUUUGAAUUUAGUUUGCACUGAAAAUGUUCCCUAGAAUUAUUUUCUGUUUACAUGUGGUUAUAAUUUUACGUUUUCUCAAAAUUCUGUCAAUUAAUAAAUCAGUUUUAUUUCCACGAAGCUGAAUUCAGAAUAAUUUAAGUAAAAUUCAUGGACUCCAAUUUUUAUGUUCCGUUUUUCCAAAUUUAUAUAUACAUCUAUGCAUUGAUCGCUUCAACUUUCCAAAUAUUUCUACUGUUUUUGAUCAAUAAGAAAUCACCGUCAACAUUGGAACAUCUCAAAUAUUUUCUUUAUAAUACUUGUUUCGAUCAAAUUUCCAUGAUUUGGUUAGCAGUAUUCGUUCAACAAAGACUUCUUCCAACUUCAAACGAGCUUGCAAUUUUAUCCUUGGGUCCUUGCACUUAUCUUGGUCCUCAAUUUUGUUUUGCUGGCUAUCAUAUUUAUACAGCCAAUUCACUUUUGGCAGGAUUAGCUAUUUCAAAUACAGUACUUUUUCGGUUUUUGGUUUUGACAUGGGAUUCAAUAACUGUGAAGAAAAUAAAGGUUAUGAUUGCUAGUUCAUAUAUUAUGCCUUUGUUUGUCGCGGUGAACGAAACUACAAAGUUUAUUUGAAUUAAUAAUAAAUUUAAGAUCCUUCCUUUCACUUCAAAAUGGGACUUUAAAAGUGUCCAAAACGUUACUCGACUUCAAUAUCCUACCUACGAUCUUUCGAUUUAUGAACCAUUUCCUGGAUUUUCAAAUGUGAAUAGUAUUCAAUUUGUGACUGCAACAUCUAUGAUGGCAAUUGGAGCAUAUGGAAUUCCAUGCAUUUGUUUUAUUCUAACUCGUCGAAUUUUAACACUUAUCAGAUUACGUCGAAAUAUGUCCGAAAAAACGAAAACACUUUCAAGAACUUUGAUAACUGGAUUCACUUUUCAAACAAUUCUUCCAAUUUUAGCCUAUACUCCACUUUUCACAUGUUAUUUAUUGGCACAAACAACUGGACUAGAAAUCAUUAUAUCCCAACAUCUAAUGCUUGUCACUGCUUCUUCUCCAUCUUUUAUUGAUCCAAUUAUUUCAUUUUAUUUCAUUAUUCCAUAUCGAGAAGCAAUUAAGAAAAUAUUGGGAAAAAUUGACAACAAACAUACAAUAAGUGUUGUUUCAUUUUCAAUCCAAGUAUAAUGAAUGUAACCGAGAAAAAGCAAUUAUCCGAAUAUUUCAAAAUAAUUGUGAGAACUCUCACAUGUCAAACCCUUCAGACUCCUCAAAUUCUUCACUUAUGUGAACGAAUCAAAAUGAAUUCGAACAUUUAUGUUCCAUUUUUUCGAGUUUAUAUAUAUUUCUACACUGUGGUUGGUUCAGUUUUCCAAAUAUUUCUUCUAUUCCUGAUCAAUAAAAAAUCUCCGUCAACAUUGGAACAUCUCAAAUACUUUCUUUAUAAUACUUGUUUUGCCCAAUUUAUCAUGAUUUGGUUAGCUUUUUUUGUACAACAGCGACUUCUUCCAACUUCAAAUGAUCUCGCAAUUCUCUCAUUGGGACCAUGUAUGUUCUUUGGACCCGAGUUUUGUUUUUCUGGUUAUCAUAUUUACACAGCAAACACACUUCUGGCAGGAUUAGCUAUUUCAAAUACAGUACUUUUUCGAUUUUUGGUCUUGACAUGGGAUUCAAUAAGUAUGAAAAAUAUAAAAGUUAUGAUUGCUGGUUCUUAUAUUCUACCCAUAAUUGUUGGGGUUAUUAAUUUUUUGACUUUCUCACGUUCUUUAGAACUUUUUUGAAUUUAUGAUUUUUCAGAUUAUUCCAUUUACAGCAACUUGGAAUUUUGAAAGUGUCAGGAAUAUAACUCGCCUCAGUUAUCCUUUCUAUGAUUUCUCAAUUUAUGAACCAUUUCCUGGAUUUUCAAAUGUCAAUAACAUCCAAUUCGUUAGUGCAACAUCAUUAAUUGCAGUUGGAGCGUACGGUAUCCCAAUAUUUUGCUUCAUUCUAACUCGGCGAAUUUUAACAAUGAUAAGAUUACAUCAAAACAUGUCCGAAAAAACCAAAAAUCAAGCGAGAACUUUAAUAACAGGUCUUACUUUUCAAACAAUUCUCCCCGUUUUGGCAUAUGUCCCAAUUUUUACAUGUUAUUUGUUGGCUCAAAAAACAGGAUUAGAAAUUGUUAUCUCUCAACAUCUCAUACUUGUAACUGCUUCUUCUCCAUCUCUUAUUGAUCCACUUAUUUCAUUUUAUUUUAUUAUUCCAUAUCGAGAAGCAAUCAAGGAAUUUAUCGGAAAAGUUCACAAACCAGACCGAAUUUUCAGCGUCGUCUCAAUUUCCAGCCAAGUCUAA